AUGUUCUUGUCUAAAUGGCUUGCGGCGGCCGCGGUGGCCGUCACGAUGGUGCCCGCAGCCGCCGUAGCCGCAACCGGCGAUCCCAUCCAAAUCUACGUCCCCCCGAAGCACGUGCCGGAGGUGCCGCCGAUGCCGACGCCCGUUCUGACUUGGCGGUUCCGUGAAAAGGAGACGACAUUCGCGUACUACAACAUAAGCCAGUCGCACGACAAGAACUGGAUUGGCAUCUGGUACGCCUACGCGGGCGAGCCGGUCAACGGCACCAAGAUGUCGAGCCCCCUCCUCUGGACGUACGCGCCGGGCAAGAACGGCAAGGUGGUGAUCCCGACCAAGAGCUUACCGGAGCGCCCGUUCCGGGCCUUCAUGAUGGCGGCGGACAGCUACUGGCCGGUCGCGGACCCGGUCGACUUCAACACGGCCAGCUGGAGAGAUGUGCGGUGGCUCGCGCAAGAGGUGCGACUGCCGGUGGCGCGCGAGGGUGAGUUCUGGACGCACGACGCCGGCAAGAUGACCAGUGCCGCCGGCGACGCCGGCAACCGCUACACGAUCAUGUACUGCACCGGUGACGGCUGGGUGCGGACCACGCCGGACGGCAUCCUGUACGGCACGCCGACGCGCCACUCGCGGCGCGACACGCACCUCGCGCUCAAGGUCGAGACGCCGCGCCACGUCAACGUGCACAUGGAGCUCAAGGUCGACGUGCGCAAGCCCACGGCGCCGCUGCUCACCAAGCUGCGCGUCGUGACCCUCAACACCUGGGACGGCGGCACCAACGUCGCCAACUACCACGCCAAGCAGCUCUCCAUCCUGGCCAAGGUCAACGCCGACAUCAUCAGCCUGCAGGAGACGCUCGGCAUCCACGGCCUGCGCCUCGCCUACGCCCUCGGCUACCACGCCCACCAGACAGCCGACGCGGCCAUCUUGUCGCGGUACCCCAUCGUCGAGGCCCUCAACGCCACGGCGCACUCAGUCGGCGUGCGCAUCGCGCUCGACGGCGACCGCCAGCAGGUCGUGGUCUGGAACGCGCACUUUCCCAGCGACCAGUACGGCCCGUACUCGUUCUGCUUCGACGGCAAGAACGACAGCGCCGUGAUUGCGGACGAGGUGGCGACGGGGCGCGCCGGCGAGGCCGCCGCGCUAGCCGCCAUUGUGAAGCCGUACGCGCGCCGGAGCGAUACGGUGCCUGUGCUCGUCAUGGGCGGCUUCGGGUCCCCGUCGCACCUGGACUACACGGCGGGCACGACGGACCUGCACUGCGGCGCGGGCGAGGUGCGCUGGCCGACGUCGUGGGCGCUGACGCAGGCCGGGCUGCGGGACGCGUACCGCGUGGCGCGGCCGGACCCGAUCGGCGACACGGGCGUGACGUGGUCGCCGAUAGUGCCGACCAACGCGGAGCGCGCGCGCAGGGAGCCGCAGGACCGCAUCGACUUUGUGUACUUUGCGGGCGGCAAGUCGCUGCUGCGCGUCGGCGACGCCAAGACGUGGACGUAUUGGGGCAAGAGGCCGCUGCCCGCGCCGAACCACGCCCGCAACGACUGGACGUCGGACCACAUGGGCGUCGAGGCCUGGUUCUAUCUCGACUUGCCGCCGGGCGGCGUCGUGAAUGAGACGGCGCUGCAGGAGCAGGACGAGGCGGAGCGGGCUGGCCACCUCCCCGGCAAUGGCACCGAAGGGGCGGAGGUGCCGCCGCUGGUGGACGAGGACGAUUGGUGA